AUGGAGCUGCGGGGGGGCCUCGACUACGUGCUCCAGCACCCGGAGCACACGCGGACCCUGGCCGCAGCCCUAGCGUCGGGCGACGCGUCGGUGCGCCAGCAGGUCUGGCAGCUCCUGGCGUCGCUUUGUACCCACGGCGAGGGCGAGGGUCUGCGCCGGGCGCUGUCCACGCUGGAGCAGCUGGCCGCACUGCAGGGACAGCGGGGCAGGCUGGCGCCCCUGGCACACGCCCUGGCCCAGCCGGCGGCGCCGCAGGCCGCGCUGCUCACGCUCGCCAACUGCGCGCUCAGCUCCCGAGACAGGGCCCGGCUCCGUGCAGAGCUCCGGGCCAGGGGCGUCAAGGUGCCCCCUGCACUGGGAUCCUCGCCGGCCCCCACGACCCCCGCCCCCACCAAGGACUCCCCUUUGGCCUCGAGCCCUGCCCUGCACCGGCAAGCCCUGGCGACGCUGGCGUCCCUGGCGGCCGGGGGUCCGAACCGGGAGGCCCAGCUGCUCCGGCUCCUCGAGCGGCUGCCCACGCUCGCCGACGACGCCUGGGAGAAACUCGGAGCGGCGGAGCCGACCACGCGCUGCGACUGCACCCGCCAGCAGGCCGCCGCCAAGGAGACGAGGGCCUCCCCGUCCUCGUGUCCGGCGCCCCCGGCAGCAGGACCCCCUCCGCCGCCGCCUCCCCCACCGCCCCAGGCCCGCCAGGACGAGCUGCUCGAGCUGCUGGCCGCCUCGCCCGCGCCCCGGGUCAAGAUGCGCUCCCUCAACUGGACCAAGAUACCCGCGCACAAGGUGCUGUCCGGCCCGAACCUGUGGCGCCGCGUGGCGCAGAGCCAGUCGCGUCCCCCGGAGCUGGACUUCGGCCACCUGGAGGGUCUCUUCUGCCAGCCGCCAGAGGGCACCUGGCCCCGGACGGCGGUGUCCAGAACGGGAGACCCUCCCGGCAGGACUGAGGCCGGCGAAGUCCGCCUGCUCGACGCCCAGAGGAGUCUCCACCUGGGCAUCUUCCUCAAGCAGCUCCGGGGACAGGUGAGCGAAGGCUUUCUGCUCGAGCUGCUCAGCCGUGGGAGUGGCGGUCAACUAAAGCUCGGUGCCGAGCGUGUGCGGUCCCUGUUGGCGCUGCUGCCGGCCUCCGAGGCCGCCUCGCAGCUUGAGAAGGCACUCGCGGACGCCGAGCCCGCGCUGCUCGCCCCACCGGAGGCCUUUCUUGCCAGGCUCCUCAGGCUGCCUAACUACCGUCUCCGAAUCGAGAGCUUGCUGCUGCAAGAGGAGCUUCCCAGCGUGGUGGCUUCCCUCGAGUCUUCGAUGACCUGCCUCCGCAAGGCGGCUAGAGAAAUCCAGGAGUGCGACGCGCUUCACCAGAUCCUCUUCCUCAUCCUUGUGGCCGGCAACUUCCUCAACUCGGGUGGAUACGCGGGCAACGCGGCGGGCUUCCGGGUCAUGUCACUGCUCAAGGUGAUUGAGCUGCGCUCUAACCGGCCGGGAGUGAGCCUCCUCCACUACGUGGCACAGCAGGCGGACAGGGCGGGCCUGGUGUCGGGCCUGUCCCUGGCCACGCUGGAGCCCGCCUGCCGCGUGUCCGGCGACCAGGUGCGGGCCGAAGUGGGCGCCCUGGCCGACAGACUGGCCAGGCUUCGGGGAGACGCCGCGGCCGCCGCCGCCGACGACCAGGAGGCCUUCCUGGCGCGCACCGACGCCCUACUCGCGCUGGCUCAGCGGGAGCUGGAGCGUCUCCGGCGAAGCCUCAGGUCGCUGGACAAGGCGAGGGCCGACCUGGCAGACUUCUUCUGCGAGGACCUGGUGGGCUUCACGCUCGAAGAGUGCUUCCGCGUGCUGGCCACCUUCUGCAGGAGCUUCAAAGCGGCCGUCCAGGACAACCAACGUCGUGCCGAGUCCCCGCUUCGGUGCCCCGCCGAAGUCCGGCUGCGCGACGAGCACGGCGGCACCACCAGCGCCAGUUCCCCGGACGCCAGCCCCUCGGGAAGCCUUCGGAGGAGCUUCCGCAUCAGCAGACCUUCUUCCCGGCCCUCGUCCUCGGAGCUGGGCAGCGAGGACCAGCUGAUGGACUUCUUGCGCCAGUCAACGUCGGACCGGGAGGACUCCCUCGGGCGUCGGUCCCGCAGGGAAGCACGCAGGCGCGUCGCGGCGGAGACCUUCGACGACGGCUCCCGCGAGCGGGUGCCGUCAACGGACGCCAAGGUUUGUCAACCGCCGUCUUAA